CGUAAUCUCCCUUACAAAGGAAAAACCCCCCUUCCCUUCUCUCACUCCCUAGCCCGCCACGCCUCCACCGCGGCGACCACGCCGCGCCGACUCGCCACCGCGCCUUCUUGAGCUCAAGGAACCGAGUAACAGUUCCUGGUUGUUCUGUGGGCAGUGAUGGGCUCUGAUGGAAGUAAAAGAUCAGAGGCUCCUCGAACUGUCAGUGUCAGAAAGUUUGCAGAAUCUAGAGCCGCUGAAGUUGAGAAUCUACACUCCAUUGUAGCCAACAGAUUGAGCAAUAAUUUUCGCUCCCAAAGGAAUAAGAGGAGGAGAACCACUGCCCAUGACAACCAACUGGCCAACAGAAGGCAUAGGAAGAAGCAAAAGAAUUCACAGGUGGCUGGUGCUGAUCACAACUCUACAGCUCCAGGCAAAGUUCUGCGAUGCGUACGACGCAGAAAUGAGCUGAAACAAAAUCCCGAGAGUGGUUUCUGUACAUCUGGGGAUGGAACUAGGAGAUUUAGAACUCAUGUUUGGCAUGCGAAGCGGUUUACUAUGACCAAGUUGUGGGGCUUUUACCUUCCUCUCGGUUUGCAGGGCAGAGGGAGAGGUUCAAGAGCUCUCUUGAAGUGGUAUAAGCAAGGAGUAGUCAUCCAUGAUGCCAGUUACCAUUUUGCUGUCCAGUUGGAGGGUCCAGAGGAUUCUUUAGUUUCGGUGUUAGAUAGAGUACUAGUUCCAUCUCCAUCUGCUCAUCCAAUGGACAUGGCUCAGUCAAUUCUUUCUGGCGUUACAUAUGGAAGGGCUAUGCUUCAUCACGUUGGAACACCUGUUUCCAAGCCAAUUGCUCCAGUUGUGUAUAUGUGGAGACAUUUGGACCAGCAUAAUACUGGUAAAGUUCUGCAGAAUUGCGCUUUAAAUGAGGAAGGUGUACCCAAGAAUAUCGAUGGCUCUAUUCCAUUUCGUCAGCUAUGGGUCUGGGUUCAUGUAUCAGCCUUUACUGAAGGAUAUGAUGCUCUAAAGUGUGCAUGUCAAAAGGAGAUGGAUGGAUUGGGUAGUUUGAUCCAGUGCUCUUCGCUUGAGGGUCACCUUACAAAGUUGGAAGUUAUGGGAUCAGGUGCUUUUAAGCUUCUUCAGAAGAUUUUACAUCCAAUAAAAAACAUUUUAGAAAGACCUUUUCAGUUGAAGAAGCAUUCUUCUGUCGAGGAUAGUAAGGACGAAAAGCAGACAGAAUGUGAUUUGCUUCACAAUGAGGAUGAUUUUCCUUCUCGUGCAAUUCUAUCUCUUAUGGUCGAGGACCCUCGGGAAUACAAUGAUGAAGAAGCUGUUGAUGAUUCAAAAAUGAUAGCUGUUAGCACAGUUGAUGAGGUUUUAUCACAUGUAACUGAAAAGCAGCCAUCUAUGACAGAACCUUUGGACAAAGGAGCAGGUUUACUCCUAAGGUCACAGGCACAUCAUGGUUUGUGGGAUGCUGCUUCAGGAAUAGGAACCCCAAUUGAGGAGAAUGUUCUUCACAUGGAGAGGCAGAGGAAGCGUAUGGAUUUCUUGUGCUUGGAUAAUUUUAAUUCCGGGAUGUCCAAUUCUUUACGUAGGUCGCAGUCUUCAAGAUCUUGCCCUAUAAUGCUUCUAAGAAAUGGGAGCACAGAUGACCGUCUUAAAGGAUGGUCAAUCAUACUCCCCUUGAGUUGGGUCAAGGCCUUCUGGAUUCCUUUUAUUUCCAAGGGGGCUCAUGCCAUAGGUUUGAGGGAGAAGCGCUGGAUUGCAAACAAUGCUUACCUGCCCUACUUUCCAUGGGAUUAUCCUGAUUGCAAUGCGUAUACCUCCCUUAUGGCAAUCGAAGCCGCUGCUUCUCAUUCAAAAGCAGAUCGCCGUCCUCCUGCAGUCAGAGCUCUAAAAGUUCCCAUUCCACCACCAUGGAGUACUAUUUGCCCUUUUGACAAGGCAUAUACUGCUGGGGUAGAUACUAUGAUCUCCAGUGAAAGAGGCACAAGCAACGGCAGUUCAUCAAGCUUGACAAAUAGUACCUCAGGCGUGACACCAUCCAGACCUUUAGAUUAUAUGUGUGGUUUUAGGGGUUCUGUAGUCAGGACAAACAAGGAGCUGACCUGCUUCCUUCAAGAUAACUACGGCGGUCAUUCAUUUUUAUUUCCUUACAAAAUGGUGAAUGAUAGGAGUUUCUUGAAGGCUUUGAAGGACAAGAGUAAUUUUAGCGGAUUGGCAAAUGGGAUCGCUCGAAUCAUGCCUCGUCAUGACUUAUGUUUCCUAAGGGUGAUUCUGCACGCUUCAAAGGAAGGUUUCUUUGAAGAAGGAGCGAUUGUAUGUGCACCUCGUUUCACCGAUAUAUCAUCAAGGGCUUCGAGGCUAGAAAACAAUGAAAUCGGUCUACAAAUGCCACAAUCGGCUGCAACAUCGUACUUCAAAGAGGUUUGUCCUGGCGAAUGGGAAAUCCUAGUGCCAGAGGACCCAAUUGCUAGGGAGAGUCACCGUUGGCCUAUUGGAUUUGUCACAACAGGAUUCAUUCAGGGCAGCAAGAAGCUGACAGCAGAAGCUUUUUGUGAGGUAAACUAUCUAGCUCAUCUCAGAGAGGAGCAAUGGACUGAGAUGUCCAUGGAACGGAGGAAAAAGGAGAUAUAUGUUCUAGUAAGGAACAUGAGGUCUUCAGCAUAUAGACUUGCUCUAGCCACUAUUGUUCUGGAACAACAGGAAGACGAUUUGGAAUUCAUGUAAGAUGGCGGUCUCCUGUUUAUACCUGAUGGCAUUGGACGAGCUUGUAAGUGUAGGACAAUUUUGAGUUUGCAUUCAGUAUAUUAUGCAGCAUUGGUCUAUGAGAUUUUGGAGUCUUUUUUUUCUGAGGACAAGGAGCUAGUGAUAGAUAUGCAAGCCUGGUUCUUUUAAGUUUCUCAAAUACCUGCUUCUCCUGAGGUUGUGACAAAAUUUAAAAGAGGUGAUAAGCCAAGGAUAAUUUUCAAAGUGAGGAGAAAUUGGCGACAUUUUUGUUAGAUAGUCUCUUUCUCUUUUGCCAAUUUUUUCUGGUGCUAACUCUUUUUUGUUAAAUCAAAUGACUUAUGACUGGAGUCAUGGAAGAGGCAAAGCAAUUGUAAAUAAUUUUAGGUUUUAGUGAAGAGUGCCAAGAGAGCAUCAUCAGUACAGCUCCAGCAUCCACAGGAUUGUAAAACCCCAGUUUAAGCUCUCAAAUAUGACCUCAGUGAUUAGUUGAUUAGGUUGUACUCUUUAGAUCACUAAUCUGGACACCACCAUAACAUGCUUUGCUAUGUCUAGUGUGACUAGCCAAGCCUUAUGGUUGCCAUUCAUAGAUUGAAGACAAGUUUAAUUGGAGUCCACUGCCGACUACAUUUAGCAGACAAUGUGGUUGACACUGAGCCUAAUGGUCUGGUUGAGUGAGAGACGUGGAUGUGGUAUCACUUUUUUAGUCAAAACUAACAAGUUGGCAGAUAAAAUUUGAAUGAAAAAGAAAAGAUGCGCCACUUGUUAUUACCAUGGUAAGUAUUCUGAAUUUUGUUGAAUCAAACAUUUCUUGGAUAAACAAAUCACAGGACAAUCGAUUGAUUUCCAAUGGUUGCUGCUGUAACUGUUUCUCAUUUCAUGUUGUGCUAUUUCGAGCUAUCUGCCGAUUCAAACUACGACCCUUUACAAGCACCACCAAUAUCUCCUAGUGCCAUGUUAAGCACAUCUUUCCAUGGGAUGCACUAGUGUUGUUGUCACCAGAUCAUCCAACCCGCCUUGCUAUGACCACUAUAUAACUUCUCAUCAUCCCCCUACAAGUUGAUGCUUGUCUGAGCCAUCAAUGAAGCGGAGCAGGUUGUACUUCUAUGUGCCAGCAUGGCAGAUGUUGCCCCAAAUCAGCCCAGUCCAGUACAGUUCCAGCAACAUCAGCCAAGCCACCGCUUUCACGUAAUGUCUCUCAGAUUGUUGCUAGCCUGACAUGGUGUUGAAAUGAGGCAGCGAAAGUUGCCAUUUGUGAUCCGCUGCUACUCAAUGUCUCUCAAAAUUCCAAUUGGAAUGUUUUUUCUCCAAGAACGUGAUUCUCAGCUGGGUUUGCGAGUUUCUGAAGUCAAGUCGAUAAAUUUCUAUAUGCUCAGCUGAGCGAGAUUAAUUAUCUCAAUGGAUGUUAUGCUGCAAACAGGACUCAGUUUCACAGCUAGUGUGCAUAUGCCACCAAUUUUCCCCUCUCUUCACAUAGGGUCCAUUAGAGGCCCUUGCUUGUUGGCAAGUACAAACAUCUCAACAUCGCUUGUGUUGAGGCACCUCCACUUUCUAAAGGGGCUGAGAGGAGACCUAUGGUAUUUCACGUGCAGAUGCCUACCCACAGAAAGCUUAUUGAAUGGCAACUGCAGAUGGACAGGGCCUAUCCAAGAGCAAAACAGAUUAUCACCGCCCACGUUGACAUCCUCCACAAGCUUGCUGAAAUCCUUAUAGAGGAAUAAACUGCUGACAGAAAACAGUUCAUGAGCUUCUUUAUUUAUGGAAAAGCCAAAGCUGUGUUGCGUAAUUUUGUUUAUAUGGUUUGGAGGAAAAGAACAAUUAGAAUUUAGAGUGAGUCCCUUAUACCUGGUACACAUUGGUGACCACUAAGGCUGCGCAUGACAACGCUUCUUGGCUGGGGAAGAGUUUUUUUUUUCUAGAAA